AUGAAAGCAAUCAGAUGUAAAUCAAGCAGCCAAGUUAGCAGUCAAGUCAUGAUUCGCUUAGGCCCUCUGAUCAUAUACCUGCUUCUGGUGGCAGCCCAGAAAGGAGACGAUGUUGCCUAUAAAAUCUUUAACGGCGACAUCGAGAAGUAUGAGCUUUGCAUAAAACUAAUUAGGGUUUGCCGCAACGUCUGGGACAAGGCGCCCGAUUACGCCGAUGUAGAUGAGGGGGAAAACAAGGUCAGGGAGGACGAAAAGGCUGAGUACAGGAAGGGAAAUUGCAUACCGCCGGGCCUCUCGGACUAUGGAGAAAAACUGUUUUGGGAAAUGGCCGCCACAUGGCAGAAGUACAUUGACGACAGGUUCCUAAUCCAAAAUCUGUUCAUGGUCAUUGAGACGACCGAAAAUGGGCGGAAUACCAAGAUGGCAUUUGGCAAGUGGCAAGGUUGGUGCAACAGAACCGAUAUUUCUGAAGAAUCAACCGAGCCAUCGGAUGAGGACGGAUCAAAUGCAUCGGGUUAUGAUGAAAGAGAGUUUGAAGGUGAAUACUGCGGUAUAAACAGUACAUUCGGCACGUGGAUUUUUGGCGAAAUCAACGCUACCUUGAGGUUAGGCCAAAGUAUGAAGAGGUUUUCAGAGGUUCUAGCACAGCUUGAGAAGGACGCCAGUCAGAAAUGCUGUCCCUACGAUUCGAUCAGAGAUCGCUUGGAAAUAAUAAACGAUGGCCUAGACUUCCUGGGGGAACUGCAGGGCAAAGAACCCUCCGCCAAACCAGAGUACACUGACUUAAACUCGGAUCUUUCCAGGCUUAAAAGAAGGUUUGAGGACUUUAUCAAUGAGGUGUACCCAAAAAGCGGUGCCAACUAUUCAACAGGGAAGUGCUGCCCCAACAUUUUGAAUGAGCUGGACGUUGUAAAAAACCAUUUUGAAGGUAAUAUUAACGAUUUAGCCUCACAAAAACCAAGCUCUGACUACCAGCCAUUGCUUGAAAAGGGGAAAAACUUCCAAAACAUUCUUCUAAGUCAGCUGAAUACUCUUCGUCAAAUAGAAAGUUCUGUAGGCAAUAAAAAUAAUAGGGAUACUUGUUGUUCCGAAGAAAAAGAACAGAUUAACAACAUAGAAACACUUUUAAGAGGCCUUAACCUUGAAAAUGUACUUGAGGACUUAUUAAAACUAAUAGAUCCCUUAAAAGAAAGUCUAGCUAAUACCAACAAAACACUUUUAGUGAUGGAAAAUCAGCUUAUCUUGAAAAAUAAAAAUCUUGAGAAACUAAGUUCCUUGUACGAAAAAGAAUGCCUUCAAAAGGGCACACUUGUUAAGAAAAUACAUUCAAAAGUGGAAAAUUUAGAAUAUAAAAUCAAUAAUAUGAGUUCAUUAGACUCCAUAAAUUGGCCAAAACUCAGACAAACCGUUGAGGCAGUAAACGAAAUGGUUAAAAACAAUUCGUCGGUAAUAGCUAAUAUCACUAUUAUUAAGACCACAACUAAAGAGACUCGUAAUGAAGGUAAGUCAGACUUUGAUAUGGAACUCAAGAACUCAAGUACGGUGAGGUUUUGUACAAAUGAUUCUAUAAGUAUAACAGCGCGUUUGGAAAACAUAGAUAAGGCUAAAAGUGAUACCAUAGCCUAUCAUGAGCUACAAGACGAUAUAUCCAGAAAGCGGUUUCAGGAAAUGCUGGAUAAGCAAAAGGAUCUGGAACCUUAUAGACCGAGGCAGAUCCACGGCAAAUCACAACCAAAUAAUAUACAACAGGAGAUAGAUCAAUUAGAAAGGGAUAUUGACAAUUUAACAGAGAAUGGCAUCAACAAAUUGGACAGGCAACUGCAGUACACCCAUUUAAAGUUCGAAAUUGAAAAGGAACAAUUCGAUAAGAAAGUUGAAGAGCAAUUAAAAAACAUAAAUCUUUUUAGGGAGGAGAUGAAAAAGGAACAAGAUCGGGUUGAUGAUCGCCUUGCCAAACUAGCUGCAGGCAUUGAAACUCCAGAGGAAUAUGACGAGAAACUGAGUAAACUUGAGGCACUUGCCUUGGAGUUUCCGAAGCAGAUUUUGAGUUAUGAGAAGGAACUUACUGACCGCAUCGAGGCCAUGGAGCAGCAGUUAAAGGACCUGGACAAUGCGAUCGAAAACACCGAGCACAGGGCAGACAUAUGCGAUGCUGAAUGUGAUUUUGGUGCUCUGGAUUCUGUGGAUAAACUAAUCGGAAGAGUCCAGACUGUCAGGGAUAAUCUGAGUGCAAGGUCUGCGUUUAAACGAACUCCAAACAGAAAGGUUAUCAAACGACCUAAGAUUAAAAAACGAGGCUGAUUUAACACCCCAAUUAAAUUAAAAUAAAUAUGUUGUCAUACA